ACGUUCAUGAAAGCAUUCGAGAGUCGUACAUUCCAGCACCAAUCUCCCCCACCCCAAUACGUCUUGUGCAAUGCCAUAAACGACGGAUUUUGUAUCUCUACUGCCCACUGGUGGGCAGUAAAUAGUGUCCCUGAAGAGGCAAACAUCGAACGGGGUGACUGUUGUUCAACGUCGACGCUGCAGGGCGAAACCUCUCGUAAACUCUUGAGGGUCAUCGUGAUCAUGGCAGAUGAAGUAGAAGUGGUGGAGUCCAACCAGAACCCACUGAUGACUGUCACCUUCCAGAGAGACACCAACAGAAAGCAGAAGUACCUGGAGGCAGAACCAAAAGCUCUCGGGAUAACCCAAAUUGGGAUGAGCUUGUUUCAGAUUGCGUCUACGUGUGUGUUCCACCACCAAAACCUCGGCCUAAGUAACACAGACAUCCCUUUCAUCAUUUUAUCACUUCUGGUGGUUAUAGCUGGGAGUGUAGCUAUAGCGGCAAAGAACCUCCACCUGCCUACGCUGAGGGGCUGCUUGGGGAUGCAGAUUUUGGCCUGCAUCGCCUCCAUCUUCAACAUAAUCUGCCUACUGAUAAAUCUUGAUCAGUAUGCGACACAAUGCUGGCACUACUAUGACCACAACUUGACCACUUACUUGAAUGACUGCCGUGUUCUCGAGCGCACCAGGACUCACCUCUUUGCAGAGAGCAUGCUCAUCCAGGUCACUUUGUUCGCCAUCUCAGCCACCCUGGCCGCUUACUGCUGCAAGGUGGUCAACUGUUGUGCGCCGGCUCCCAAAGUGCCGGUGAUCACUUUGCAAACCCAACCUGCCGAGCAGUGACGACGGACGCCAAUUGAGGCAAGGAUGUUAAAAUGCACAACAUGGCACUUUGAAAUGUUACCUGCACAACUAGCAAGCAGUGCUAAAAGCCAUUGUGCCCUUCCUGCCUGCACCAACCUUGUGAGCAGAAUUCACAACUUGUAUACAAAUAACAUACAUUAUAUUUUUAUAUCGACUAACUUGUUUGUUAGUUGGGUUAUCGCAUAAGUUGAUCAGUAUGACCCAACAUCACCAAAUUUCAACACUUGAAUGAAUACUCGCUCUGUAUUUUACUACCAUUGCCUGAAUAACGCUUUGAUUCAUUUGUCUCUGUAAAAUAUGUAAGGAUUAUGAUGAUCACUGCAAUAAUUACAAGACCAUGUGCCAUCCAGAUGAUUUGUUAUUCUGUGAAUGCUGAAGAGCGCUUAUUCUAAUUACGCCCCGUUUUUUUGGUGGUCAACUAUUUCCACACUUUUCAACCCAUUCAAACCAUUUCAACAUCAAAAAGUUCAGCUCAUUCCGGGAAUGCAGCCAUCUAUUGCAACAUUCGAAAAAAUGUCCACAUUUUCCACAGUUCAAUUCCCAUUGAAAAUGGAUGGGCAAUUUUUUUAAGUUUACACAUUUCUCACCCAGUUGAAACCAUUCAGAAAUGAAAACAGAGAACCAACUGAAACCCCACAUGAGCAAGCGCUUGGCGACAGUGGCAAGGAAAAACUCCCUCUGAGGAAGAAACCUUGAACAGAACCCUGGCUCUGUGGGGCGGCCGUCUGUCUCGACCGGUUGGGUUAACAUCCAAAAAUAAGAGGGAUAGAUGGUAGAUCAAGCCAGAAGUCUUAGUCUUAGUCCAAGGAACAUAGGAGUGUCUCUGAUACAUUUCAGUGUGUCGGGUCAGUUUUGAAGUUUUCCCGUAAUUCCACAUUUUCAAGACAACAUUUAAUUUCAGUGUCAGCUCUUCAGCAUUCACACAUCCAUAGAUGGCCAUCCUUCUUGUGUUUCCUUCUGUAAUUCCUAUAUAUUGUGGCUUUAAAACCCCAUAACUCAGGCAUUACAUAAAACACUUUUAAAGCGCAUUAAAGGCACUGUAUGCAACUCGCUCCGAAUGACAUUUUUUUAAAACAAAAAAAUAUAAGAACACCACCGCCAGCUAGCAUAUGUUACCAACAGUAGUUUAAAAGAACAGAUUGUACAAAAAAUGUCUAUAUUUUUCACAAAUAAAACUGGA